AUGGAGUGUUCUGCGGCGACUGAUAUAGCAUGCGGAAAGCAAAGCCUCUUGUUGCGGCUGAGAGGUUUGCUCACUGACUGCACUCUCAGCCGCAGCAGGCUGACGCGCAUUGCCCACAUUCGGCGCUGGCAGUGCUCAGGGCACCGACCCGUCGUUGUCUCUUCCCGCUCCUUCCCGUGUUUAGCCCGCCUUGUUCCCCUGAACGGCUGGCGUGGGAUGCCCGCGCGGGUUGACAACCGCCCCCGCACCUGUGGGAUGCAGCGCAGUUUCUGGGCCCGGUGCCUCCGUCUCUUCCUCCGGCUCAGGAGGGGCGGCAGGGAUCUUCCUUAG